CGGAGUCAGGAGACGCGGCGGGAUCCUGUUGUUGGAGAAGCAAACGCGAAUAGCGGGAUGAGGAAGUCUCCAAUUCAUGGCACACAAUUGACCACAGAACCGGUCAAUGUGACACGAGUAUUGCAUGGGGCAUGCAACUUCAGUGACAGCCCUAGAUGGUGAAGAAGCUCAGUCCUCGGAGGAAAUGUUCAAGUGCAGCGCUGGAACCGCUGAACCUCUGUAAAAUUUUAACCGGUUCAUAACCAUCCACCCGGCCUCAAUGAGGAGCGUAUGAACAUGCACCAUAGAAGGACUACUCUACCUUUCGGUUCAGUACAUUCCACAGAUGCUUGGGCCAGAGAAGAGAUGUAAAGAAACUAAAACAAAUUCAGCCGGUGCCGCUGUGCAACAGCAAUCCAGUGAGCGAAAGGAGAGCAUCUCCCCACCCUGCCCCUGAGUCCCCCAACCCCUCACCACCAUCAUGACCUCUGAACUAGGGAGCAGCCUGACCUCCAUGGACUGGCUUCCCCAGCUUACCAUGCGGGCGGCCAUCCAGAAGUCCAAUGCCGGGCACCAACACCACACUCACGGGUACCCCCAUGGACAUCAUGGCCACGGGCUGGGAAAGAAGAAUGCCCCACUGGACCAGGGAAACAUGCUGGACCAGGAGGAGGUGGCCCAGCAUAGGGAUGGCAAACCACCCUACAGCUACGCCAGCCUUAUCACCUUCGCUAUUAACGGCUCGCCGCACAAGAGGAUGACCCUCAGCGAGAUCUACCAGUGGAUCUGUGACAACUUCCCCUACUACCGGGAGGCAGGCAGUGGCUGGAAGAACUCAAUACGGCAUAAUCUGUCCCUGAACAAGUGUUUUCUCAAAGUGCCUCGCUCUAAAGACGACCCUGGGAAAGGGUCCUACUGGGCUAUAGACACCAACCCUAAAGAGGACACACUGCCCACCAGGCCAAAGAAGAGGCCGCGCUCUGGAGAAAUGGCCUCCACCCCCUACAGCCUGGAAUCGGAGUCCCUGCGAAUGGACUGUAUCAUGUACGGAGAUGCCUCUCCCACUCUGGCAAUCAACACUGUGACUAACAAGGUAGUGUUGUACAAGACGGAGCAGGAGGACAGCGACAGCCCCAGGAGCAGCCUCAAUAACAGCCUCUCUGACCAGAGCCUGGCCUCAGUCAACCUCAACAGCAUCGUGCACAGCUACACGCCGGUCAGUAGUCACUCAGAACCCUCCUCCCAGUCUCUGAGUUUAAAGCUGCAUCCUCCCCCUCCACUUCCUCCUCCUCCCCAGCCCCAGUACAACGUGGCCGAGGGGGACAAGCAGCUCCUCUUCUCCGACUUCGAGGACCUCAGUGCCUCCUUCCGCAGCCUCUACAAGUCUGUCUUUGAGCAGUCCUUCAGCCAGCAUGGUCUCAUGGGUAUGCCCAGCGAAUCGAGCCAGCAGCCACGGACGUUGUGCUCCUACCAGCACUCCCCUGUCCGGGGCAGCAGCAGGGGCAUCAACGCCCACAACCACCAACACGCACACAACCACGGUCACCGCCAUAAUCACCACCCGCCCCACUCGCAGCACCUCUCUCCCCACGCCACACACAACCAACACCAACCUCAUCAACACACUCAGCACAGGCAGCACUCACAGCACCCUCAACACCGCCAGCACCCCAACAGUGGGCAGCAGCAGUCACAGCACCUCCAGAGCCAUACUGGCCAGCCAGCACAGAUGCCCUGCACCAACACUGGUCUGUCAGCCGACUGGUACCCCAACUUGGACUGGCUGAAGGAGAGCUGUCGCAUCGCCGGCAGCUACAACUGGGCUGACGUGGACCUCUCUCCAUUCCAAGGACUAAAGGAAAGCAUGAGGCAGGCGGAGCUGAACAACUGGUCCCUGGACCCGGCCCAGAUAGCCGACCUGUGCUCCUCCAUCAACCAGUUCUUCACCCGCACUGGGGUCAUCCCACCACAAGGCCCAUUGCAACCACAGCCACCCCCGUCUGCCUGUCACGGCCCCAUGCACACCAGCAAGCCCAGUCAGCACAUCAACACAGGUAAUCCGUAUAUGGACUCCAGACAGAACAUGUCUUCAAUGAUGGGACCCCCGGGUUACCCCCACAUGACCCCCAUGAGCACCGCAGGCUCCACGAUGACAGGGCACCAUGGCCAGAUGAACCAGCAGCACAUGAUGCCGCCUGGGCACUACCAGAUGAGGAGGCUGCCUACCGAAGACAUCCAGGAUGACUUUGACUGGGACUCCAUCGUUUAGAACUGCCCCAAGGAGAGGAAGAAAGAGGGAUAGGGAAAGAGGAUCAGAAGAGUGGAAGAGGAUUGGGACCGGCCACAUGCCCUUUGGAGAAAGAGAGACAUUACAGAAGAGGAGUGUCAAUCACCUGAUUUUGGUCUUUUUAUACAAGAGUGUAGAGUGACUUUGAAGACAAUCAAAUGUAGAGGGAGACUAGUCAACGUUUACCACUGGACAAGUUAUGGUCAUUUUGUCGGGAAAAAAAUGACAUUUGGAACGGUCUCGUCUCAAUGUUCCAAGUGCCAACAGGUUUAGAAGUCGCCAUAAAUUGUGACAAGCAAUGGUGAAGUAUUUUGUUUAAUACAUGCUUCGAUUCUCGUUUCUUUCCACUGAAGACUCAGAGUGGAAAGUAGCAUUUUGUGUUUUCCGACAGCUUUUUUUCAAGACACGUCCACCUGCCACUGAACUGAAAGGACUGGGCGUGGAUGAAAAAGAUAGUGCCAUUAUACGUCGGAACAAACAACCGGCAUCAUGCCAAUUAGUCCACAAAGUAUUGUGACUUUUCCUCCCCGUAGCACCACUCCCCUAUCUGGCAGAAGUGAUAAGAAAUCCACAGAAUUAUAUUUGCGCCACUUCCAAGAAAUACAGGUAGUUAGGAAUGUGACAAUAGGGGUAGACUAGAUAAGAAUGCUCACGCUAAUAAGGGAAUGACAUUGGGGUACGGUGGCCUAUCUCUUUGACUGACUCAGAUGCCAUCUUGUUGGUGUAGGCUUAUAUUGCAAAGAGAAGUGACCGUAUGUUGACAGAGGAGAAAUCACAUGAUACCACACCUGGAUUCAAAUGCUAUUUGAAAUCUUUCCCACCUUGAGUGCGAGAUUAAUGGGGUUUGCACUUUUGAGAUGUUUCUAUUGGUUAAAAAAGUCUUAAUCAAGCACAGCUGAAUUUUUUUGAAAUUCAAAAUUCAAAAAAAUAUAUUUUGUACUUUUUACCCCUUUUUUUCCCCAAUUUCGUGAUAUCCAAUUGGUAGUUAGUCUUGUCCCAUCGCUGCAA